AGGAGGCCCGGGGACGGCUUGGGUGUCACCACCAACCCGCUCCGGCCGGAAACUGGCGCCUGUUUCCGGCCGGACAGCAGAAAGCCACCGAUCCUGAACCAGGCGCCGGAGCCGGAGUGGCGACCGGGUGCGGUGCGGAGCGGGCAAAAAGCCACUGCGGGAGGCCAGUCCCGAUCAGUCCUUUCUGGCUCCAGCUCCAGAUCCCGUGCGGAGCAACAGCUGCGGUCGCAGUCUCCACCUCCAUCGCCGUCGGGGGAGGGGCCGGCCGGACCCCGGGGUCACUGCCGAGGAAUGAGGAGAGGCGGCCGGGCCCCGCGCUCCGCCCCGGCCUAGGGCCUUGCCCCGGGAGCCCGCGAGGGUGGAGGCCUGAAUUUUGAUCUAUGUUCUACCUACAUCCAGCUGGCUGAAAGUACUUGAUGAUCACAUGACCCUGGACAUGGAUGCUGUUCUGUCAGAUUUUGUCCGUUCCACAGGAGCAGAGCCAGGGCUAGCGCGAGAUCUCCUAGAAGGAAAGAAUUGGGAUGUGAAUGCCGCCCUCAGUGAUUUUGAACAGCUACGUCAAGUCCAUGCUGGAAACCUACCCCCAUCCUUUAGUGAGGGGAGUGGUGGCUCCAGGACCCCUGAAAAAGGGUUUUCUGACAGAGAGCCUACUCGCCCUCCCCGACCCAUCCUCCAACGGCAGGAUGACAUUGUUCAAGAAAAACGCCUGUCUAGGGGCAUCUCCCACGCCAGCUCCAGCAUUGUUUCCCUGGCCCGGUCCCAUGUCUCCUCCAAUGGUGGGGGUGGGGGGAGCAAUGAGCACCCCCUGGAAAUGCCCAUCUGUGCCUUCCAGCUUCCAGAUCUCACUGUAUACAAUGAAGACUUCCGCAGCUUCAUAGAGAGAGACCUCAUUGAGCAGUCCAUGCUGGUUGCCUUGGAACAGGCAGGGCGUUUGAACUGGUGGGUGAGUGUGGAUCCCACCUCUCAGAGGCUGCUUCCUUUGGCAACUACUGGAGAUGGGAACUGCCUCCUGCAUGCAGCCUCCCUUGGAAUGUGGGGUUUCCAUGAUCGGGACUUGAUGCUGCGGAAAGCUUUGUAUGCACUGAUGGAGAAGGGAGUUGAGAAGGAAGCGUUGAAAAGGCGCUGGAGGUGGCAGCAGACACAGCAGAAUAAAGAGUCAGGGCUGGUAUACACAGAAGAUGAAUGGCAGAAGGAGUGGAAUGAACUGAUCAAGCUUGCCUCAAGUGAACCCCGAAUGCAUCUAGGUACCAAUGGAGCCAACUGUGGUGGGGUGGAGAGUUCUGAGGAGCCUGUAUAUGAGAGCCUUGAAGAGUUUCACGUCUUUGUCCUUGCUCAUGUGCUUAGGAGGCCCAUAGUCGUCGUGGCAGACACCAUGCUGAGGGACUCCGGAGGGGAAGCAUUUGCCCCUAUUCCCUUUGGAGGAAUCUAUCUGCCUUUGGAGGUCCCAGCCAGCCAGUGUCACCGCUCCCCUCUGGUGCUCGCCUAUGAUCAGGCCCACUUUUCUGCACUCGUGUCCAUGGAGCAGAAGGAGAAUACCAAGGAACAAGCUGUGAUCCCACUUACAGAUUCAGAGUAUAAGCUGCUGCCCUUGCACUUUGCUGUGGACCCUGGAAAGGGCUGGGAGUGGGGCAAAGAUGAUAGUGACAAUGUCCGAUUGGCCAGUGUAAUUCUGUCCCUAGAGGUCAAAUUGCAUCUGCUGCAUAGCUACAUGAAUGUGAAGUGGAUCCCACUGUCCUCUGAUGCACAGGCUCCUCUGGCCCAGCCUGAGUCCCCCACCGCCUCAGCUGGAGAUGAGCCCCGGUCCACUCCUGAGUCUGGAGACUCAGACAAGGAGUCAGUUGGCAGCAGUUCCACCAGCAAUGAGGGCGGCCGGCGGAAGGAGAAGUCAAAGCGAGAUCGGGAGAAGGACAAGAAGAGAGCAGAUUCUGUGGCUAACAAACUGGGCAGCUUUGGCAAAACCUUGGGCAGCAAGCUCAAGAAGAACAUGGGGGGCCUGAUGCACAGCAAGGGUUCGAAGCCUGGAGGGGUGGGGACAGGGUUGGGAGGAAGCAGUGGCACUGAGACACUGGAGAAGAAGAAGAAAAACUCACUGAAGAGCUGGAAGGGUGGCAAGGAGGAGGCAGCUGGGGAUGGGCCUGUGUCUGAGAAGCCCCCAGCUGAGUCUGUUGGUAACGGAGGGAACAAGUAUAGCCAGGAGGUGAUGCAGAGCCUGAGCAUUCUGAGGACUGCCAUGCAAGGGGAGGGGAAGUUUAUUUUUGUUGGAACCCUGAAGAUGGGUCACCGUCACCAGUAUCAGGAGGAGAUGAUCCAGCGCUACCUUUCUGAUGCUGAGGAGAGAUUCCUGGCAGAACAGAAGCAGAAGGAGGCAGAGAGGAAGAUCAUGAAUGGAGGAAUAGGGGGUGGCCCUCCUCCAGCCAAAAAGCCAGAGCCAGAUGCUAGGGAAGAGCAGCCGAGCGGUCCCCCAGCAGAGUCCAGGGCAAUGGCAUUUUCCACUGGCUACCCUGGGGACUUUACUAUUCCUCGGCCUUCUGGGGGCGGAGUCCACUGCCAGGAACCCCGGAGGCAGUUGGCAGGGGGUCCGUGUGUCGGGGGCCUACCACCAUAUGCCACCUUCCCCAGACAGUGCCCUCCUGGGCGACCCUACCCCCACCAGGACAGCAUCCCUUCUCUGGAGCCAGGCAGCCACUCUAAGGAUGGACUUCACAGGGGUGCCUUGUUACCACCCCCCUACCGAGUGGCUGAUUCCUAUAGCAAUGGCUACAGAGAGCCCCCUGAGCCAGAUGGAUGGGCUGGAGGUCUCCGGGGCCUUCCCCCAACUCAGACCAAAUGCAAACAACCGAACUGCAGCUUCUAUGGACACCCUGAGACAAACAACUUCUGUUCCUGUUGUUACAGGGAAGAACUGAGGAGGAGGGAGCGGGAACCGGAUGGGGAGCUCCUGGUGCACAGGUUCUGAACGGGUGGAACACUGAAGGGCAAGGAGGCUAAACAAAGUUAAGCUCAACUAAUUGGCUCAUCAAGAACACAGUCCCCAUGUUGAGGGGGAAAAUGCAGUAAUGUUUGUGGGAGCCUGGCUGGAAACUUUUAAGUGUGUGCACACAGGAGUGCUGCCAGGCUGGCAAGAGCAGGUCGGGGCUGGAUGGCACCUCAGGGGCUGUACUAUUCCUCUGCAGAGCUUGACUUGAUGAGGUUUGAGGUACAAGGGGAAAAGAUGGCGAUUCUGUCUUAUAACCUCCUGGGUCCCAUCCAGGGACCUAAGAGAAAGUAGCAGGGGAAGGUUUGGUGUGUGGGGGUGGGAGGUGGGCAGAAGUCUUGGGGAGGAAUGGGCAAAGGAGGUUCUCAGUCAAUAAAACCAAAAUUCUUUAGGUUGGGAAAACAUGGUGGAGUGAGAAGUGUGGAGGGGAAGUGGGAAAUUGGACACAUUUGCUAUUGAUUUGAAUUAAGCUAGAAAUUAAGGUUGGAUAAAUUCUUCCCCUUGAAGGAUCUGGAAAGACAAGGCAGUAAUGUGUCCUCAUGGGUGCCUGUUAGGAGGUGGGGGUAGUUUAAAUCCGUUUGUUUAGAUGGGAAAGGGAGGAACUUAAAAGGGAAAUCCUUUUCCUCUUAAGGUUUAUUUCCUUCCAAGCAGUCAUAUGUCAUCUGUUACAAUUUGAGAAGAGAUUGCUGAUUACCCCCUAUCUUUUCCUCAUCUAAGUCUUUAAUUGUAUUUGUUUAAAGGGAAGAGUGUGGUGAGAACAGCCGUCAUGUGUGUUGCAUUUUCUCCAGGUGAAUUGGGGCAGAGCUGAUCUAUUUUUUAACCACAGCAAUAACCAUACGUUGGGGUUUGAGUGCACCUUGGGAGGGGUGGGAGGACAGACAUUUUAGCCAGAGACUGUUUCAAACAAAACCAAAAACCUAAGUAGAGCAUUACAGGCCUCUGUGGCUGCUGCGUUUCUGUAGAAAGCAACUUAUUUUAUUGACUUUUUUUUUUUAAGGAAAAGAAAUAAAAGGACCCCAGCAAGCAAAAACAUUUAAAAAAUGAUUUUUUUUCCUCCUACUUAAGUGGUUCUUUCUCCCUUUGCUCUACUUUUGGAGAAUGAACUUAACAUCCCGGCUUCUUUUGUUAAGCCAUAGCUGACCUUAAUCUGUGGUUAGUUUAUUAAAAUAAUUAAAAAUACUUUCUAAGAAGAGAUAUUUUUGAUAUUAGGACUGAUGUUGAAACAUAUAGGGGCAAUUUAUAAAAAGGUAGUUAGAGAAAUAUAUUUUAGUGAACUAUAACCACAGAGCACAGAUGACUCCCAAUGAGCUGAUCUGUCUUUAGGUUUCUCCCUUUCCCUGACCCUUCCCUGUUCUCUAGGGGCUGGGAGUGGGGAUGUGGACACAGUAGGGGGAGCUCCUUCGCAAUGUGCACAAAGCACAAGUCUGAACAGCCUAUGCUCUGGCCAGAGCCAUUUCUAAGAGCUUUAAACCGGAAGACCUAUCCUGGGCCAAUUUUCCUUUUUCUUUAUAUUUUUUUCCGGGAAAAAAAGUCAACUAUGCAAUUGUAUACACUCCCGGGUGCAUGUGAAGAAGGGGAAUAAGUGUACUUAUGUGUCCAGAGUAUUAACUGGGGCUGUUUUUCUGUGUUUGGAUUUUUCUUUUGAGGUAUGUACUCAUAACCCAUCCCUUGGAACGUAAUCCCCACAUUUGAUCUAAAGCACUUGAGCGUGCAUGCAUGUGCGUGCGUGCAUAUGUGUGUGUGUUUUCCUCCUCGGUAGCCAGUCAAGAUUGUCCUUGUUGGAAAUGCUCACGGUUUAUAAAGGUUAUUUUCUCCUCAACAAACUCAGAAGUCACCUAUUUUCCAAAUCUGAUUUAAUAAUUUCCUAUGGCUAUUAAUUCUUAGGGUUUUCUUUGAAAAGAGAUUUGUGUUAAGGAAGCAGUGAGAUUCCAAAGGAAGGGAUGUGUAUAUGUCUAGGCAGGUCUGGAACCUGGUAUGAGAUGAGCACUCCCCUAAGUUGCAAAAUUUAAGGGUUACUAUAAAACUCAUUAAUCAAGAUACUUUAAAAAAUGCAGUAUUUAAAAAAAUUAAUGCAAAAAAUUUAUGUUGGAUAAAAUAGCGAAAUCUUACAGGAUCUGACAGGACUGAGAUUAGGAGGAGGGAAGUGAGGCUGAAUUGAAUAAGUAUGGGGAUGAAUCCUUCUUAUUUAAAUUUUUGAUACAUUGUCCAUCAUAGAUUUUUUAUAUUAAUUGUGAUUUUUUAAAAAUGUUGCAUUAAAAUAGUAUUUAUCUUGGUUACUGGGUUUUUUGGCACUCCUUAAAUUUUGUGCCCAAGGUGAGUGCUUUGCUCACCUCACCCUAGUUACGUCCCUGUUUCUGUGAUUUGAACACUAGCGAGAACACCACUGUGUGCGCCUCCACCCCCAUCACACACCAAACAACAGGUGGCUCAGACACCCUGAAUUUGCACAGCUCACCUAGCUUUCCUAAUUUAGGCCUUCAUAUCAUAGAAUGCUGGCCUGGACCAAUAGGAAUGAAAACAGACCAGGGGUUUUCCCAGAGAAUAAAGCCGGAAAAGUUUUGAUUCUCCACUGGACUGCUGUGUUUGGAUUUGAUCUGUUGUUAGAUUCUAGUUAACACUUUUGUUUUUAAAAACUAAGGACAAAUGAACAAAAAACCUUGUAUCAUGUUUGUUUUUAUUUAUAAGUUAGCCAAUUCCAAUUCCUUUUGCUUUAUUUUCAAAUAAAAAAAGAUGGAAAUUUUGAGGGGUGGUCUAGGGGUGAAUAUGGUAAAAUGGGGCUUUAGGCCUUAUAGCUUUUUAUUAAGAAAUAAAUUAUUUUUUUUAUUUGGGAGGGUAACUAUUUAUUGAGGCAUUGAAAAACCUCACCAUUCUAAGGAUGAGAGACCCUGAGACAAUGGAUAUUUUUUAUAGGAGAUAGUGAAGUUUGUUUUGCUUCAUUCUUUCGGGGAGGGUCUUGGUGGGAUGGGGGGAGGUGAAGGAAUAAUGCCUGGGAAAUUAAUAUAGAUUCAGCUUGGUUUGUGGUAUUUUGGGAAGAUGAGGGAAUAGAAGAGGCAAGCCCAUGUCGUUACUGGGUUGGGGAGAAGGAAAGAAGGGGCAUAUGGCCUGCACUCGAAAUGGGCAGAAAAAUUCCUUAGUUAAGGAGGGGUGUGUGAGUGAAGGGGGAAGGUAGACCCUUUAACCCCAAGUGAGGGAUGAUAUCAUCUCUUAGGCUUAAAUUUAAGUGCACUUAGUUCCUUUAAUCCAGGGCAACUGGGGUACCUACUGAAGUUUUUAAUGGAGAGGGGAGAUUUUCAGGGUUCUUGUUUUUCCCUUUUUGAUGUUAGACAGUGCUACUCCCUCCCUGCUAUGCUCUCUGCCCCAUCUCCAACGGAGUAAGUGUUACUGUAGGAUAGGCCUCCGCUUCUCCCUUAACCUAUGCUGCAUUUAUUGAAAGUUACAAGAUUUAACCAGAAGUUUUUCCUCCAUACUGGUUUUUAUCAACAAAAUAAAAAGAUUAUAUCCAAAGAUUUUUUAAAGAUUCAGUCUUUUUAAGGAGUGGAGAUGGUGUUAAACUCAGUGCUGUAGAGGGCAGUGGAAGGGAAGUACCUUCCCUCUAUUAGCUCAGUUUUUUUUUUCUAUCAAGCAAAACUAAGGCCCACAGACAAACAAGAAUUAGCAGUGACUUCGUGUUGUAUAUCUGCGGGGUGAUACUGAGCCCAAAAGAAUAGAGCUGGUUUUGAAUGUGUUCUGAGAACCUAGCUUUUGCCAUUCUUAACUCCUUUUAGCCAUGUGUCCAAGGUUCCAGUCACAUUUUUUUUUCUCAAUAAAGAGUAUUUCAGAGAUGAUUGUCUCUGAAUUACUCAGACACCUCUGGACUCUGAGUCUUCUUUCUUUUUCCUUUUUCUUUCUUUCUUUUUUUUUUGGUUUGAGACGGAGUCUCGCUCAGCUGCCCAGGCUGGAGUGCAGUGGUGCAAUCUCGGCUCACUCCAACCACCGUCUCCUGGGUUCAAGUGAUUCUCCCGUCUCAGCCUCCCAGGUGGCUAGGAUUACAGGCACCCGCAAUCAUGCCCGGCUAAUUUUUGUAUUUUAGUAGAGAUGGGGUUUCACCAUGUCGGCCAGGCUGAUCUUGAACUCCUGACCUCAGGUGAUCCGCCAGCCUCGGCCUCCCAAAGUGCUGGGAUUGAUUACAGGCAUGAGCCACCGCGACUGGCCUCUGUGUCUUCCUUCUCCAAUGAGUCAGUGCCCCAGACAUAUAGCCACAGGUGAGGAGACAGAAUUAGAAGCCCCUUCCCGGCCUGGAAUCACCUGCACUCCAGAUUUUUCUAAUUUCCUUCUUUCCCUCCAGGCCUUUCAACUAUAGAUCUGGAUGAGUCAUGCAGGCAUUCUGUCUCUUCUACUUUGCAGACAGCCAGUCUGCAAAUCACAGGGUAUUUUGCCCCCAUACAUCGGUUGGGUAACAAAAUAUUACGAUGUCCCCAUGUAGACUUUGUCUGUGCCAUCUCCUGCAUUGGCCAAGUGGGUAAGGGGCAGUACAAAAGAGCAACGGAAGCUGGCUGGCAGCAGUUAAGAGGAGUAGGGGUGGGAAGGACCUUGGCCUCUUUCUGUGCUUAUAACUGGAUCUGUGACUCAUCUUGUGAGUCACUCAGCUCCACCUCCCUCCUCCAGCUGCCCCUCCCAGCAGCCUUUACUCCUGGCACAAACCUGCAGCCAGACCAGGAUUCUGAAAAUGGAAAAAUCUGAUAUAGCCCCUUGCCUCUCCACCCUUCCCUUCAUCUAGUACUUCUACUGGGGGUGUGUGGGGUGGUGAGAGGCAGCCUUAACCCUCAGCUCCUGCCCACUCCAUUCCUGGUUAAGUAUUGAUCCAAAUCGCCCAAUUCUUUUCUCCUCCUGAUUUCCCCCCACCCCGCUUUUUUUUUUUUUUUUUUUGGAGACAGAGUUUCGCUCUUGUCGCCCAGGAUGGAGUGCAAUGGCGCGAUCCCAGCUCACUGCAACCUUCGUCUCCUGGGUUCAAGCGAUUCUCCUGCCUCAGGCUCAAGCGAUUCUCCUGCCUCAGGCUCCCGAGUAGCUGGGAUUACAGGAGCCUACCACCAUGCCUGGCUAAUUUUUGUUUUGUUUUUGUUUUUUUUUUAGUAGAGUCGGGGGUUUCACCAUGUUGGCCAGGCUGGUCUUGAAUUCCUAACCUCAGGUGAUCCACCCACCUCAGCCUUCCAAAGUGCUGGGAUUACAGGCAUGAGCCACCACACCCCUACCCCCCGAUUUUUUUUUUCCGUGUUCCUCCACUGUCUCCACACCUCAAAGUGCUAAAGAAUAGAAUGAGGCUCUUGAAUGAAGGAUGGUGGUGAGAAGGAAAGUGGAUAAUGGGAUUUAAAAGUUAUGGUACACCUUCCUAUGCUUUUUUUUUUUUUUUUUUUUUUUUUGCGAUGGAGUCUUGCUCUGUUGCCCAGGCUGGAGCGUAGUCAUUAGAUCUUGGCUCACUGCAACCUCUGUUUCCUGGGUUCAAGCGAUUCUCCUGCCUCAGCCUCCCAAGUAGCUGGGAUUAUAGGUGUGAGCCACCACGCCUGGCUAAUCUUUGUAUUUUCAGUAGAGAUGGGGCUUCAUCAUGUUGGCCAGGUGGUCCUGAACUCCUGACCUCAACUAAUCUGCCUGCCUUGGCCUUCCAAAAUGCUUGGGAUUACAGGCGUGAGCCACUGCGCCUGGUCCCUAUUUUCUUUUUACAACAGACCUUGGGAAAUAUUUUCUUCCCCCAAGAGGUUGAGGCCCAUGGAAUGCAUUAGGGGCAGGUGGGGUGGUGGUGCUCUGUAGCCUUUAGGACUUCUAGAAUCAGGCUUCUGGGCCACCUUCUUAGCAGGUGUAUACCUCUUUGUUCCAGACUGACUUUCUGUCUCACAAUAUCUUCACUAUUUCCACAGUUGCAGCCAAGACAGGAAACUGAAAGCUGAGGCCAGAAGGGUGGUGUACUGGGGGGAGGGGAAAAUUGAGUGUCACUUUGGAAAACUGGGGCCCCCAUCUAAGGAUUGCUGCCUCUGUAGAUUCAAAAGCAAUAAAACAGCAGCUCAUUAACUCUUAUUUUGUAUUUUAUUUUCUGUCUUUUUCAUGUCUAAAUAAAGAUUUUUGCUUUGCUGUC